AUGCAUUCAAUACAGAAUGCUCAAAUAGAAGGCUCAAGUUUUGUUUAUAAUGGUACCAGCCAAACCGAACUUGUUCUCUGGCAGCUGAUUGGACCAUUUUCAAUACUGCUUCGAAAUAUCGCUGUGCCAUGGAUAUUUGUUGGUUUUCGUUUCGCUUUAUCGAGUGGUUUCUGGUUAAAAUUCGCACUUGAUUUCUUGUUCAUAGUACUGCCAGUUAUUCUGUCAUUGACUCUGUUCUCAGAUCAUCUCCUUCUGAUACUUCUGUUCCAAUUAGUUGCUUUGCUUUCUCUAAUAACUUUUUCACUUUGUGAAUACUGCUUUAUUGCACGCGAAAAACCUACACUGCGCCAGAUUUUCGGUCAAAUGGUUGAUGAUCAUCAUUCACCUACCAAAUUCAUCACUUACAUGAGAUCUAUGAGCCUCAUUGCAACUGCCAUUGCAAUUCUCUCCGUUGAUUUUGAUAUUUUCCCACGUCGUUUUGCCAAGACACACACAUAUGGCCGAAGUGUUAUGGAUGUUGGCACUGCAACAUCCGUUUAUUGUUUCGCCGUUGUUGAUGUUUUCAAAGAUUUUCCAAGCAGAAGUAAAUUUCCAUCACUACAAAGAAGACAUUUUUUCCGGAAGCACUUGCCAAGCAUCAUUUUGCUGUGCUUAGGUUUCGGAAGGACAUGUAUCUUACAUCUAUUAAGCUAUCCAACACAAAUUGCUGAAUAUGGGGUGCACUGGAAUUUCUUCAUAACACUUGCUUUUCUCAGGAUUACUGUGAGACUUCUUGGUCGACGUUUUCAUCUACUUUUCGGCAUUAUCGUCAUUUUUGUUUAUCAAUAUUUCUUGACUGAAAGAAAUUUACAGAAUUGGCUACUUUCGGAGAGCGUUAAUAGAGAUACCUUUAUUGCAAUGAAUCGUGAAGGUAUUUUUUCCUUAUUUGGAUAUUUAUCAAUAUAUUAUUUCGCAUCCGCUAUCGCCAGCUUCAUGUAUUUCACGGGAAUAAGGCUCAAAUCCUGGUUCUACAGAACAUUCCAAUUAUUUAUAAUCGCUGCACUUCUUUUUUUUGCUCAAAAAUUGGCUGAAAUGCUUUUGGGACCACCUUCACGGAGAAUUGCCAACUUGCCUUAUAUUUUAGAAAUGCUAGUCUUCCAUACUGUUUACAUGGCUAGUUUGUUGCUGAUACAACUAACUUCCAUAUUUGGAUGGGCAGCACAAAUGCCGCAAUUCUCUAUUGAUGAAAGUCCCUUCGAGCGUUUAAAGCCAUGUGUGCUCGAUUCAGUGAACCGAUAUGCCAUGCCAUUUUUUUUAUUAGCGAACUUGCUCACGGGUCUUAUUAAUUUAACAAUAACGACAAGCUCUGUAACAAGUGUCUAUCAUUCGAUGACUAUCAUUAUUGUAUACAUGUUCAUUUCAUGUUUAGUCAUCCAUGUCUGUACAAGGUUAAAGCAAACCUCUUGA